GACACAAAGCAGUUUGACCCGUUCCAGGAGUGGACGGACGGUUACGUUCGGUACAUCUACAGCGCCGAAGAUAAAAACGCUCAGAGACAUCUGUCCGGCUGGGCGAUGAGAAACACCAACAACCACAACUGUCAGAUCCUCAAGAAGUCGUGUUUGGGCGUGGUGGUCUGCUCCCGAGGCUGCACGCUGCCCGACGGAUCCCGGCUGCAGCUCCGCCCCGCCAUUUGUGACAAGGCGCGGCAGAAACAGCAAAAGAAACUGUGUCCGAGCUGUAACGCCGCCCUGGAGCUGCUGCCGUGCCGCGGCCACAGCGGGUACCCCGUUACCAACUUCUGGAGAGUCGACGGAAAGGCCAUCUUCUUCCAGGCUAAAGGGGUCCAUGAUCAUCCCAGACCUGAGUCCAAGUCCGAGACUGAAGCAAGGCGGAGUUCAGUUAAGAGACGAGUCAGCUCGCCGCCGUUCACGCCGAAAAGACGACUCAUCGAAACGCAGGCCCUGGGCCCCGCCCUCCUCUCCUGUGUCGACCCGGCGGACAGGAUCUCCUUCAUCGAGCCCAAUUUUCCACAGCAUUACCCAGCGUUCCAGAGCCCCGAGCCCUACUACAACCCCCACAAUGCACUGGGAGAGACCACACCCACCCUGCAGAAACCAGCCAACCCCAGGCUGUACAUGGGCCGGCCCUCCUAUGAGUUCCAGGGGUACCUGACCUCGCCUUCGUACCCCAUGACCUCUGACCUCUGUGACCCCAG